ACUGUGCCUCAUAGCGGUUAUUCAAAGGUGGUGCUACUUGUGUUUGUUGGCAUUCUCAACAUGAGUGAUGAUAUAAUCCUUUUGGAUGCUCAGUAUGCUUUUAUGCUGGGGCAUUAUCAGCUUGCACUCAAAACACUGCAAAAGUUGAAGUCGAGUUCUCCUGAGACGGAAUUGCUGUCUAAUAUGCUGACAUAUCAAGUCUGUAUAGCCCAGAAGAAGUACGGAGUCGUGCUGGACGAAAUACCAGAAGACACAGAUGAUGCGGAGCUUAAAAUUCUUCGUCUGAUGGCUAAAUAUUGUUCCGGAACUAUAUCCGAGCAAAUUGCGACGAAUGAACUAAAUGCGAUUGUGGAACGGCAAGUGGAUCCAAACCCAAAUUUGAUCGCGAUCGCAGCUACUAUGUAUAUGAAUUUAAACAUGUUGGAAAGCGCAUUGAAGAUCUUGAAUAAUGCAAAUGAUACAUAUUGCAAUGCAUUAACUGUUCAGUGUUUACUCCACAUGAAUCGUUGUGAUCUUGCUGGGAAGGCUGUUCGACGUAUGCAAACUGCUGAUGAGGAUUCACUGCCAGCACAACUUGCUUCAGCGUUGUAUUAUUUGAAGAAGGGUGGGGAUCAAUUACAAGAGGCUCUUCACACAUAUGAGGAACUCAAAGAAAAACAUGGACCCUCCAGCCUACUUCUGAAUGGUCAAGCUGCAGCAUUAAUGGGUAUGAAUAAUUGGGUUGAAGCUGAACCAGUUCUUCAGGAGGCUAUUGAUAUGGAUGCCAACAAUCCGGAUACGCUGGUAAACAUGAUUGUUGUAUAUCAUCACUUGGGAAAGCCUAUUGAAACGAUCAACCGACUGAUAUCUCAAUUACGCGAUUGUCGUAAGGAUCAUCCAUUCCUUGUGGAAUAUGCCGAGAAGGAUGAUGAAUUCACGCGUUGCGCUCAACAUUAUAGUCCAAGUGUAACUGCGUAAACUGUUUGUGUGUAUGUGUGUGCUUGCGUGUGUUUAUUUGCCAUGAUACUUUCAUACCGACUUCGUCUUCUUCUUCUUCUUGUGAUA